GCACCCUCGGGGAGGGGAGGGGGCGCAUGGCAGAGGCACGGGGACAUCCCAGCUGCCCGGGGAGGGGGGCGCGGUGGCGUCCGACCCCCAGGCGGGGGGCAGAGCCGUCGGCCCAACCCUCUCCUCCGGAGGUCCGUGCGCCUGGCCGUCCCUCGCCGGUGCCAUCCUCACCUAGGCAGCGAGGAAAAGAAGGACGCCACCCCCUCCCCCCCGGAAAGGCCGCCGGCAGACCCUCCCGGAGAAGCCGUCGGGGGCGGACGGUUCCCAGCGCCCCCCGAGCCAAGCAGAAGGAGGAAGAGGAGGAGGAGGAGGAAAAGGGUUGCACCGUCCAUUCCGAUUUGGGAUUAUACCUGCAAGGACUCCAAAGAUGACACUCCUGGCUUCUGAACGAUCAAUGCUGAUCCGAAGCAAAUUCCGCUCCGUUCUGCAGCUGCGCAUGGAACACCGGCGGUCCCAAGAGCAGCUCUCCAAACGCCACUUGCUCCCAGCACUCAACAAACCCCUUGCAAGUUUCUCGCAGCCCAAUGGGACCCAGGGCCAGAACAGGGCCAAUGAGAUUGCCAGGCUGAAAGUCUCGCCCCGGCCCCACAAGACCAGCACUGCUAAGGGCCAGCUGUCAGAAGUGUCUCCGGGGGACCCUUCUGAGCUGCAGGACAAGAAGGCUCGCCUGGCCGAAGACCUGAGUGAGAAGAUCCUACACCGCCCUGGACCACUUGAGCUGGUGAAGAAAAACAUCCUCUCCCUGGAUCCAGGUAUCAAGGAUGCUAUGGCGGAUGCAACUCUCGCUGCUCCUGAUUCCUUCACCUUUGAGGAAGAUCUCAGUAGUUCUUCUUCCUCCUCCUCCUCCUCUUCCCCCUGCUUUGCACUGUCUCCUGGAAGUGUCCAUGGGAACCCUUCCACCGCAACGGCGGCCUUUCAGCUGGACCUCCCUCCGAUCCUGGAUCAACAGCUGCCUCCUGUGUCAUCAUCCACCUCUGAGGCUGAGUUCCCUCCCCAAGGGGGGAGCCCCCUUGCCAAGCCCUCCGUUUCACUCCUCAAGGCCCCAUCCAAGGUCCCUGAGGCCAGGAAGCCUCCACGCCCCAAGAAGGCCAAGGAACCGCGCCCCAAAGUGAAGAAGCUCAAGUACCACCAGUACAUGCCGCCCGACCAGAAGGGGGAGCAGGCGCCGGUGCCCAUGGAUGCCGCCUACGCCCGCGUCCUCCAGCAGCAGCAGGUCUUCUUGCAGCUCCAGAUCAUGAGCCAGCAGCAGCCCACGCCGACGUCGCCAGCCACCUUCUGCGUCCGAGCCGUGCACGCUGUCCCAGCCAGCAGUGCUCCAGAGCAGGUCCUGAGCUUCGCUGGGACGCCUGCGCCACCAAGUGGGCCUCACCCGCUCCCUCUCCCCUCUCCAGCCACGCCAACCUCCCCUUCGCCACCCAAACCGGAACUGCUGCCUGCCAACUUGGAGGAGCUAACGGUCUCCGAACUCCGCCAGCAGCUCCGGAAGCGGGGCCUCCCUGUUUCUGGCACCAAGCCAGCCCUGCUGGAGCGCCUCAAGCCUUACCAGGUGGCCAGGGCCAAGCCCCCACCUGUCCCGCUCUCCAGUGCCCGCUUGUCACCCUCCGACCUAGAGGAGGAGGCCCAGGCCCUGCGGGAGAAGCAGCGGGUGGCUGAGAGCUUGGCGCUGAAACUCCACCGGGAGCAGAAACACCACGACGACGACCUCCGAGUGGAGCUGGAGAUGCACAAACGGAUCAAGAACCGCCGCAAGGGAGCACUACUGCCCCACGGCCAGCAGGGGGCACCUCCGCCCUACAUCCCCAAGAGAGAAUGCGCCAAGGAGGGAGGAGGCACGGAAGAUGGCUUCAUGGUUUUGUGCCCUGCCUCCUGUGAGCCGAUUAAUUCUGAUAUGGAGCUCCCCCUUGAAAUAACAGCCAGCCCCCCGGACCCAGCACCAGGAACUCGUUCCCUGGAGGAGGAGCUCCAAGAAGCCAUCCAGAAAGCUCAGCUGGUGCCAAGCCAAUCGAUCGAAGAUAUCUUAGAGGAACCGCUGAUGUGUUCAGGUGACCUUCUUCAAGCACCUGCCUUGAACCCAGAAGUCCCUGAUCGAGUUGCCCCAUCCCCGCAAGAAGCGUCACCACCAAAGAAACCGCGGCCCAGCAGCGAACCUCCUUUGGUGACCUCCGCCAUCUUUGAUUUUCCUGGUCCCUACGACUUCCUCUCGACGGCCUCCUCUUCCUCUGCGUCGCUGGACUCACUGUCCUCUGUUUUCUCCCCUGACUCUCUGGAGAUGCCCCCAUCUCCCCCAGAUGCCUGGCAAGGAAACGGUGCCCGUGCUGGAUUUGACCCGGUCGAUUGGCUAGAGGCCUUGACCUCGGGCUCAGCAUCAGGCCUCGGCUCCACCAGUCCUGUUGGGGGCAGCAUCUUCUGCACGGACUUCUUUGAUUCAACCGACCUUGGCGUCAACCACAUGAUAGACUUAAUGGUGGAGCAGUGGUAGGCGGGGUGCUAGCAGCCCAUUCGGAGACCCCAAGGCCUGGAGGGAAAGGGGGAGAAUCCUCUGCAUACCCUGUAAGGCCUUGCCGGCACUGGGUACCACCUUGAAUGGGUGAGAAUGAGAGAGCAGUUUAAUGUCAAGCAUCGUCACGGGUGGUUUUGUUUCGGUUCAUGCCAAAUCCAGUUGCUCUCUUAGAAGAAUUAAGCACCCCGAUGUUUGGGUUGUGUCAGCACCAGGCACCUCAUCUUCAAUGGCCCGACAGCCCCAGAAACCCUUUGCUGUCCUCUAGCUUGAGAUGGAUGAAACCAGUAUUUGCAAGGACAGUGGUCCAGCCAGCCUGCUGCAUCGGGAUGGUUCAAGACAUCGAGGACCUUUACAAACGUUGGAGAUGAAUUAAAAUGUGUGCCUUUCUGCCAUGCUACUGUGAAGCAGUUCUAAAAAAAAUGGUUUGGAAGGGCACCAGUUUUCAACACCACCUUCCCUGGAACCUGGGUUCUUAACAACUUUGGAAGCCAUCUUGAAUGAAAGCUUUGGCAUAUGGGUCACGCUACAUAGAACCUUGGAGGCCUGCAUCGUUUCAACUCCAGAAGUCAUUAAUAGAACAGGAAGUGCCAUGGUCUACCUUCAAAGCAUCUUCAAGAGGUCAUGUUGGCUCAGUUGAACCGUGAGAACAACACCAGCUCUGCACACAUCUGCGUGGCCCCAUAGAUCUAGAUGCACGCUGGCUUAGGAUGAGAAAUGCAGGUUCUACCUUGGUGUGGGGAGAUACCACCGUUUUAUUGAGUUAAACAGAGGAAGUGCCAGCUUCGAAACAAUUUGGAUCGUGCCAUCUCAAGCCCAACGGGGGAGAAGCUAAGAUUUCCUGGGGCUGCCCUGAAUGGGCUAUACCAGCAGUGGCAACCUCAUGUUUUACUGAAAGCAGGGGAGGGGGAGCGGGAGGGAGGAAAACAUCUGUGUUGGGGACCGAACCAUCUUUUGUGGCCGCUCAAAGAGAGAUGGGAUUGGAAGGGUGAAAUGCAGCUUUAACUGCUCGUGCCAUUCUAACCCUUACUGUCAUUCUUACUUGGGGUUGCGAAGUAGAGGGUGCAUAUGCAGACACAGGGCUCAGGACCACUUCUUUUUGAUCUGGGGGUGCGGGGGUGGGAAAGCUCCCAAAGGGAGCUGGAUAUGGAGGGAUCUGUUUUCACAAGGGAGAUGAUGGUAGUGGUGGCUCAUAUCCUAGUAGCCAAAGGUUGCUGGGACAUUUAGGUCAAUGGGCUUGUGGCAGGAUCCAGUCACAGCUAUAGAAACUGCUCAUGUGGAAACAUCUAAGCAAAGGCUUAAUUCUGCUUUAAUUUAUAGCCGUUCCAUCUUUACUGGAAUCCCUGAAAACUGUGGUUCUGUGAGACUGGCCCAGGGUAUUCUAACAGAGAAUUUACACUGCUCUCACCAAGCUAAGGACUUAUUAUUCACACUUCUGUUUGCCCCAUGAUUUUUAGGCAUGGGUCUGAGAGGUUUUUCUUUUGUCUU